CUGCCUCGGUUAUCUAACAAGGAGAAAGCUUUGUUGGGGGGGAGCGAUGAAUGAAAUAAUAGGAGGAUGAUUUUCGGCGUUCUUUGACGGGCUUGACUUUACAUGCGGCUCGGCUGUACACACGGGAGCCUUCACCCGGUGCCGGCUGCUCGUCCGACUGCCGAGCUGCUGCUCUUCCCCACCGCCGUGCUGGAGCCAGACGAAGCCAUUUCUGCAGUCACAUGAAGCCGCCUGACGCGGAGCACGCACGGGGGUGGAGGACUUUUAAAACGCCCCAAGCUAGCCACGGUUCUCUGAAUGGCUUUACCGUUUCCACGACGACGCCCUCGACUCGGAGCAGUUGGGAGUUUUCCGUGUGGACUUUUAAAACGAGCGCUUUUUUUUCUUUUUCCAAGUGCCGGAGAACAAGGCUCGGUGGGGGUGGGGAGCGGGAAGUGGGUUGCUGGAACGGGUGGUGAAUGAUCGAGAAGAUCGCAGCUUUUUUCAAUAAAAACGCUUGUUUCCACGUUAUAGUCCUACUUACACAGCGUGAUUAACAUUGUUAAUAUAAGCACUACAGUACGUAGUACACGCACGCGCCUCUUUUCCGAGCCACAAUACCAAACUAGCCAAAGAAAUUAGUAUUGUUUUAAACUUUGUAUUCAUUUCUAAAUUGGGCUCGAUAUACUUACAAUAUGUUAUUUUUCUUAUAGCCUCUUCAUGUUAAAGUUAUAAGACUCCUAGAAAAAAAUGCUGAAUGCUAGCAUGUGCUACAAGCUAAAAGUUACAACAGAUGAACAACGUUCUAACCUUCGCCUGGACCAUUGGCGCGAUAGCUAAUUUAUUUAAGUACAAUGUUGUAUAAGAUUAAAUAUGUUCCACUAAAAUGUGAUGAGUCUAAAUAUUACUUUACCGCACGUGAACGUCACUGCCGGGUUGACUCCAUGUCAACAAUAUGACUUCCGGUUUUGCUGUCCGUCAGUACUGUAGAAGAACUUUGUUGUAACUUCAUAUUUAUUGUCUAAACUACUACUACUACGAAGUUAAUAAAUGUUGACCUGAACGCGAUUAUUUCUACAUUAAAAAUGUAAAAAUAAAAAAAUCGCGACAUGUAAACGUCACUUCCGGAUUGUUUACCUGUCGACGAUGUGACUUCCUGUUAUACUGCUACUCGAUAGUAGCUCUAGCUUCAUAUUUAUUGUCUAAACGCCACUGAAAAUUCAGCUACAAUGUCGGUAAAUAUUACUGCAGUAGAGGUGAAGAUGUCACUUGCGGUCAGUGAGCGGCAACAAUAUCACCUUAGGGAGAAGAAAUGGGUGACUGUCGGAGACACGUCUCUGCGUAUCUACAAGUGGGUGCCAGUGACGGAGCCCAAGUCAGAUGACAAAAAUAAGAACAAGAAGAAGGGCAAGGACGAGAAAUACGGCUCAGAGUUGACAACCCCGGAGAACAGUUCCUCUCCCGGGAUGAUGGACAUGCACGAUGACAACAGCAACCAGAGCUCCAUCGCCGACUCGUCGCCCGUCAAACAGGAAACCAGCUGCAGCACCAGUCCGGCACCGGAGUCCACUACAGCGUCUCAUCGUGAUGACGGCAAGACCGAUCAGAGUCCUGAUGCCAAGAGAGGUAAGACCGCAUCAUCGUCAGACGGUUCGGAUCGAGGGCAGAGCAUCAAGAGAGAAGGAGAGAAAGACGCCUCGGACAGCAAAGCCACUCAGGAUGUGGAUCAAGCGGCCCCGCCCAGCAAGAAGAGCAAAGUAGAGUGUCAGGACUUUGAUGAGAGUUAAACCCCCCUCCCCCUUUCCUCCCCUCCCUCCAUUAACUCGAUUUGGGCUAAUGGACUCACCCCACUCCCGACCCUAACCCCUCUUGUCUGAAGGGAGAAUUGACGUCUCCCCCUCUUCUGGGUACUCCUCCGCAAGAGCCCCCCCCCCCCCCCCCCCCCACCCCCAACGUGCUUCCUUCCACGUGUGACCAGGAGGGUGGCGCCCGGGUAUCCAGAUUUAGGAAAGAUUGGGGGCGGGGUUUCCACGCUGCGACGUUGACGCUCCCGGUAGACUGAUGUUGUUUCUCUUGGUAUUUAGGAAAGUGUUUCUUCUCAGGAGGGUCAAUGCACUGUUACGGUAUGUCACAAUCGAUCACACUUUACAUUUGCUGCUCUCCAGUGGAAGCCUCUUCUCUCCCUCCAUCGCAACGUCCUGUUUGCCACGCUAGGAGGCGAGGAAGGUGCCUUGACAGCGCUUUUUGGUGCCAUCUUUUUCUUUUUUUAUGCCUUAAAAUGCUCACGGUGGUGGUGAUGUUAGCUUCAGCACCUCACAUCUGUCUAGCUUAGCAGAAAGCCUGGAAGCAAGUCGCCCCUUUCACACAUUUCCUGGGUCCAGGUUCUGUGUGAGCGGCACCGACAAAGAAUGGGCCAAGAAGCCUAAGUCAACCCGGCUGCUUUCCUUUUUUUUGGAGGUAAGGGUAGGAGCCUGUGUGACGCCGGUGUCCAUCUUCUGUGUGAAUGGCACCGUCACACGAUGUAAGGCCACGUUGACCUUGCGCCACUUUUCCCUUUCACACACUGCCUUUUAUGGCUUCUGUGUGAACGUCACCAACACAGAAUAGAAGGCAAAGGAGUCAUUCUUCCACCAUUUGUCUAUGUCGGGACUGUUCUGUAUGAGAGGCGGAGGGGCUUGGGGUUUUUGUAGUAUGAAGAGCCCCUUUCACACUGACGACAGGCUAUGUGGCUGUUCUGUGUGAACCGCACCAAUACGGGCCGGGUAGGACAGACUCAACCCGGUAUGUUCUGACAUCUUAGGUAGUACCAGAGGCCGUGUUUUGAUGGUCACUGUGUGAAAACCUUUGCUCGCUCCUUUUAUGAAGGUGGAUAAAUGGAGGACAAGUCACGGCGCUUCCAGGCUUCAUGCUAACGAGAUGUUGCACGUAUCGACGUGAACGCCACACGUUAGCAGUCCAGGUUUCUCCCGACGCCAAGGAGUGGUAAAAUGUCCCGCUAGCUUUGUCCUCACGGUGCUGACAUCACGCUUGGGUCGGUCGUCGGCGCUCCCUACUUGAAGUCUUGUGUGGGAUGCGGGAGGAGCCGGCGGUGGGUAGGCGUGGAUUGCGGUGCGGGCAUGGUGGCGUCUCAUGGACGGAGAGAAGAGCAGAGUAGAGGAUGGAUUAGCAUAUACCUCAUUCCCAGUCCAGCAGCGCUGGCGUUUCCAAUGCUACGGUUGACAUGUACACUUGUGAUUAGCAUUAUUAUUGUUAUUAUUAUUACACACACACUCACUUUUUAACCUGGUAGCUUUGAAGCCAUUGAGCCCAUCCAUCCCAGCUUCUAGUUUGAUUCUUUCUCCUCCCUCACACUCGGGACCAUUUUGUUGGACUUUAGAACUUGUACAGAUUUAUGCUUUGCUUUUUUGACUUAUUUAUUCCAUCAGUAGUGCUUGGUUUUUAUGGUCCGAUGCUUUUGUUUUCUUAAUAAAACCCACAAACUUGACUGCUGCUUAUUGAUUCUUCUA